AUGGCACCCGCAACGACAAUUCCGCACAAGGCGGGGGAACACCAGCGAUACAAGCCAGGAAAGGCAAAUAGCGCGACAAGACACCAGGCAGACCUCGCGGCCGGCGACAGCGAUGCAGAGGCGGGCGCAUUGCAGCUCAUGAACGAAGCGCAAGAGGACGAUUUCGAAGGCUUCGGCACGGAAGAAGAGGACGGAAACAACGGAGCUCAGGGUGGCGACAGCGACGCAGAGAGCAUCGAUAUCCAGCUAGACUCUAAGCUGCAGCAAAAACCCGUACUGCCAAAGGAUGCUGAGGAAGAAGAGCUUGAGCGCAUCAUCUUCGGCGACUCGGAGGGCUUCCGACAAGGACUAGAGAGUUUCUCCUUGGACCGCACGACCGGCACAUAUGCCGACAAUUCAGACGAAUCGGGGGCGGAAGGGGCAGAUCUCGAUAAUGUGGCGGACCAAGACUUGUUCUUCUUCGAUGCGGGCCCAGCUGCAGCCCCGCCAGGUACGGUCGCGGCCAAGGCAGACGAAACAGACGACGAGGAUGAUAAACCUGCUUGGGAGGAUAGCGAUGACGAACGGCUGGUGGUCAGUUUGGCAUCGGUGCCCCAGCUGAGAAAGCUGCGAGAAACGGCAGACGACGAUUUGGUCAACGGCAGAGAAUACGUACGGCGGUUACGGAAGCAGUAUGAGAGACUCUAUCCUACACCCAGCUGGGCAGCAUAUGCGACAGGCAAGGCCAACAAGAAGCGGCGACGCACCAUGGACGACGAUGAGAGCGGAGACGAAUCGGCGAGCGACAUGGAUGUCGAUGAGGAUGUAUCCACACAGCCACUUGCGAAGCUGUUGAAGGAUGCCGAUAUCCUUUCGCGUACCUCAAGGAGCAGUACAAAGCGAAGAAAGCUACAAGCCGGCACCAUCGACAUUCAGCGUCUCAAGGAUGUCGCCAAAGCCGGUCCGUCUGCCAUCACCUCUCUGUCGUUCCAUCCCGCAUACCCUCUACUGCUCUCCUCAGGGCCCAGUUCAACUCUAUACCUUCAUCAUGUCAACCCAAACCCGCCCAACCCAAAUCCUCUCCUGACAUCACUACACAUUAAGCGUACCCCCCUUGUUACGACCGCAUUCCAUCCGUCUGCGUCAGAUUCACGCAUCUUCCUGAGCGCACGGCGUCGUUACUUUCAUGUGUGGGACAUUGCGACAGGCCGGGUCGAGAAGGUGUCGCGUGUGUACGGCCACCAACACGAGCAACGCACAAUGGAGUUCUUUUCGCUGUCACCAAACGGCAAAUACAUGGCUCUUCGGGGUUCGUCCAGAAAGGGUGGUGGCGUCAUUAACAUCCUAGACGCACGAACGCUCCAGUGGGCAACGCAGGUGCGGAUCGAGUCGAGAGGCGGCAUUGCUGACUUUGCGUGGUGGAGUGACGGCACUGGUAUGUGCAUUGCAGGCAAGAAUGGUGAAGUCACCGAAUGGAGCGUUGAAGAAGGUGUCGUGGGACGGUGGAACGACGAGGGCGCAGUGGGUACUACUGUCAUUGCGCUUGGCGGCAAGAGCGGGCGUGCAAACUGGUUAGGAGGCGAUCGAUGGGUGGCUGUUGGAAGCUCGAGCGGAGUGGUCAACGUAUACGAUCGCCGGGCAUGGAGCGAGAACGACCCGUCCGUUCACGGUGCAAAGGCGGAUUCAAACGGCGGUAUCCCCAAAGCACCGAAACCGUUGCGGGAUCUUCAAAAUCUUACGACGCCGAUCUCGCACCUUGCAUUCACACCAGAUGGCCAAGUCCUCGCCAUGGCUAGUCGUUGGAAGAACAAUGCGAUGAGGCUAGUACACUUGCCUUCCGCCACGGUCUUCAAGAAUUGGCCUACAGAGAAGACGCCGCUUGGGAGAAUCACGGCAGUCGCGUGGGGAAGGCCAAGUGAAGAUGAAGAGAAGGAGGGUAGUUUAGCACAGUUGGCAGUUGCCAACGAGGCCGGCCAUAUCAGGAUGUGGGAGAUACGGGCAUAAUUUUGAAUUGGCGAUGAAUACCAUUUGGGCCAUCCAGGGACCAGAUUGCG